AUGAGGAAAGACCUCCUCAUAUACCUCAAAAGUCAACCUUGUGAUUUUCCACAAAUCAAAAAUGGAGGUCUAUAUGAUGAAAAGGAACACAAACCCUACUUCCCAGUAGCUACAGGAAAGUCAUUUGAAUAUUACUGCAACAGAGGAUUUUUGCCUCCUUCAAGGACAGACUGGGACAGUAUUCACUGCACUGCACAAGAGUGGGAGCCAGCAGUCCCAUGCCGCAGACUAGUCAAUGUCUGGCUAUGUUGCAUCUAUCAUAUAGAGAAUGGGGAAAUUCUACAACAGAAAGGAAACUACAUACAAGACCAGUCUGUAAGUGUCGAGUGUUGCCCUGGCUACAGUCUUCCAAAUGAUCAGGACACUAUUACGUGUACAGAGAACGGCUGGUCUCCUCAACCCAAAUGCAUCCAUGUCAAGAAAUGUUUAAAGUCAAAUAUAGAAAUUCAGAAUAAUGGAUUUCUUUCUGAAUCUGAUCUUACACAUGACAUAAAUAAAAAAACAGAGUUUAGGUGCAAACAGUGGUAUGUAACAGCAAAUGGAGAAACAUCAGGAACAGUUAUGUGCCUCCAAAAUGGAUGGUCAGCUCAACCCGCCUGCUUUAAGUUUUGUGAUAGGCCUGUAUUUGAGAAUGCUGGGACUAAAAACAACAGCACAUGGUUUAAACUCAAUGACAAAUUAGACUAUGAAUGCCAUGUUGGAUAUGAAAACAGACAUAAAGAUACCAAAGGCUCCAUAAUAUGUAAUUAUGAUGGAUGGUCUGAUAGGCCCUCAUGUUUUGAAAAAGAAUGCAGCAUUCCAUUUCUAGACCAGUACUUGCUCAUCAAUCCCAUUAAAGACAAAUAUAAAGUUGGAGAUUUGUUGAAAUUUUCUUGCCGACAAGGACAUAGAGUUGGACCAGAUUCAGUUCAAUGCUACUCUUUUGGAUGGUCACCUAGUUUCCCAACAUGUAAAGGUAAAGUGAGAUCAUGUGAUCACCCUCCUGACCUCUUCAAUGGGAAACUUAGGGGAACAAAGAAAGAACAAUACAGUCACGGUGAAGUGGUGGAAUAUGAUUGCAAGCCUAGAUUUCUACUGAAGGGACCCAAUAAAAUCCAGUGCAUUGACGGGAAGUGGACAACCUUGGCAAAGUGUAUUGAGGAGGUGAGAACAUGUACAGACAUUCCUAAACUUGAGCAUAGCUCUGUGAAGUUUUUUGUCCCUCCCUACUACCACGGAGAUUCAGUAGAGUUCACCUGCAAGGAAAUAUUUACAAUGAUUGGACAUGGUUCAGUUUCAUGCAUUUGCAUAGCAACAGAUCAACUGGGAUAUUGUAAGACACCAACGUUAGCUGAUAUGAAAGCAAUUCAUGCAAAAAAGAUUGGAUUUAAUCAAAAUUUUAUCUUGAUUUACAAAUGUAGAGGAAUACAAAAUUAUAAACUCUCAAUCUGCUUGAAUGGAGUUUGGAUUUAUGAACCAACCUGUACAGAGAAAGAAUCCUGCCCUCCUCCACCACAGAUUCCAAAUGCUCAAAUAAUGGAAACCACAGUAAAAUACUUGGAUGGAGAAAAAGUAUAUGUUCUUUGUCAAGAUAAUUACAUAACUCAGGACACAGAAGCAAUGGUGUGCAAAGAUGGAAGAUGGCAGUCAUUACCAUGCUGCGUUGCAAAAAUUCCAUGUUCUCAACCCCCCAAAAUAGACCAUGGAUCUAUUAAAUUGCCAACAUCAGAAGAAAGGAGAGACACAACUGAGUCCAGAAGUUAUGAACACGACACUACACUCAGCUAUAUUUGUGAUGAUGGUUUUAGGAUGGCUGAGGAGCAUGGGGUAACCUGUCACAUGGGAAAGUGGAGUGCUCCACCUCAUUGUGUCAAUUCAACAGGGAAAUGUGGGCCUCCUCCACCUAUUGACAAUGGGGACAUAACCUCCUUCCCUUUACGAAUAUAUGAACCAUCAUCGUCAGUGGAAUAUCAGUGCCAGUCCUUGUACCAACUUCAGGGCAACAAGAUAAUAACAUGUAGAAAUGGAGAGUGGUCUGAGCCACCAAAAUGUUUACACCCAUGUGUAAUUUCAGAAGAGAUCACGAAAAGACAUAACAUAACUUACAGAUGGAAAAGAGGCCAGAAGCUCUAUUCCAAAUCAGGAGACUAUGUCGAAUUUUCAUGUAUAAGUGGAUAUAAUAAGGCAAAUGAAUCACCUCCAUUUCGUACAAUGUGCAUUGAUGGUCAGAUCAAUUAUCCAAGUUGCACAAAAAAGUUCUUGGUUUAG